UUAAGUCAAUAUGGGCCGAACUAGGGUUUUGUUUCUCUGUGUUUUGUUCCAUGUUAAUGGCUGACCUCGAAAGAAUCUCAUCUUUGCUCUAUAUGGGGCCUUUGCACCCCUGGGGUUCUUCUUUGGUAUCUUCGUUGCAGGUCUAACAGCAGAGUAUCUUGACUGGCGCUGGUACUUUUGGAUCGGCACUAUCAUAUUUGCAGUUGUCUCUUCCGUCUCCCUUCUCGCUGUCCCUUUCGACUUCCGCGACAGAAAGAUUGAUAUCCCCAUGGAUUGGUGGGGUGUUGGAACCAUUGUCCCAGGCCUUCUCCUUGUUGUCUACUCUCUGACAGAUAGUUCACAUGCCCCUCAUGGCUGGGCUACACCCUAUAUCAUCGUCACACUGAUCCUCGGAGUCAUGUUCUUAGCCAGCGCAUGGUACGUCGAAACACAUAAAGCCCGAGUUCCUCUAUUGCCCGCCGACCUUUUUGCGCCCAAGGGGAUGAAUCGUCUGCUAGCCGUACUCUUCAUGGCCUUCGGUACCUUUGGUCUCUUCCUCUUCUACUCAAGCUUCUACAUGGAGUUGGUAUUGCACCGAUCACCACUCAUUACUGCAGUCUGGUACAUCCCUAUGUGCGUUGGUGGUCUCAUCAUUGGCACUGUUGGAGGCUUCACACUGCACUUCCUACCAGGGCGAGUGCUGCUGUUCAUCUCGUCCUUGGCCAAUGCGAUUACGAUGUUACUGUUUGCCCUUAUGCCUGAGAAUCCCAACUAUUGGGCCUGGGUUUUCCCAGCAAUGGUUUGUUGCACCAUCGGCAUCGACAUCACUUUCACAGUCAGCAACAUCUUCCUGACCACCAACAUGCCAAGCCAUAGACAGGGGCUUGCGGGAGCUCUAAUCAACAGUGUUCUCUUUCUGGGAAUCAGUUUCUUCCUCGGUAUUGCAGACAUUGCGGUUGCAGAAACGGCGAACCUGGGACUUCGAAAAAGCUACAAGGUGGCAUUCUGGCUGGCCUUUGGCGUGGCAUCGAUUCCUUUGCUCUUCAUCCCGUUCAUCCAGAUUGGAUCCGCUAAGAGCGAGCUUACAAUGGAUGAGCGGCAGAGAUUGGAGAAUCCACCAUCUGUUAGAGAGUCGGAGGCAGAACCGGAGGCAGAAACACAAGCACAAGCACAGGAGCCCAAGACUUGAGGUACUUGGAGAGCAAACAGCUCUGACCUAAACUUAGGGUGUCAAAAUAACCCAAUAUAACAAGAUAUAAAUCUAUACUAAGUCUGCGUAAAUUUACCUCAG